AUGCACUCGACUACCCUCCUUUUGGCAGUCCUCCCUUCUCUGGCAGUAGCUGCGUCCGGAAACUUGGGAUUUGCUCUCGGAGCUAAGAAUCCAGAUGGAACUUGCAAGACCUCAAGCGAUUACUCGGCGGAUUUCAAGGUCCUGGCACCACAUUCCAAGAUUGUUCGUGGAUACUCUGCUUCGCAAUGUGACACUGCGGAAGCCAUCCUCCCCGCUGCUAAAGCAGCUGGAGUGAAAGUUAUCUUGGGAAUAUGGCCCGACACUGAAGAAUCCUACGAUGCAGACAAAGCCGCAAUUGUCAAGUACGCUCCCCAAUAUGCCGAUCAAGUCUACGCUAUUACUGUCGGAUCCGAAACCAUGUACCGUGGAAACUUCACGGGAGAAACUUUAUUGGAGAAGAUCAACGACGUGAAGAAAGCGACUGGCGGCAAAUUCAAAGUUGGAACGGCAGAUUCAUGGAACAAAUAUCAGGAUGGAACCGCAGACCCAUUGAUCAAUGGUGGUGCUGAUAUAUUGCUUUGCAACGCUUUCUCUUACUGGCAAGGACAAACUUCUGCCAAUGCUACUGCUAGCUUUUUCGACGAUAUUAUGCAAGCUUUUGGGCAUAUUCAAUCUGUUGCUGGCUCUACCACCAAGGGACCUGAACUUUGGGUUGGCGAGACAGGAUGGCCAACCGGUGGAAGCAAUUAUCAGAACGCAGUCCCAGGUCUUGCUAACGCCAAAUUCUUCUGGCAAAACGCUAUCUGUGGUAUUCUCGACUGGGGUGUCAAUGUUUUCUCAUUUGAGGCAUUCGAUGAGCCAUGGAAGCCAAUGAGCAUCGGUCAGGAUGGAAGUGUUGCUGAUGAGACUCACUGGGGUAUCUGGAAUGCUGAUCGAUCCGAGAAGUGGUCUGUUACGUGCUAG